AUGGACCCAAUUCGACCAGAAUUCGAACUUUUGGACUCAGCAGGACUUGAGUACCACCUUUGGGUAGCAGAUGUGGAAACUAACUUUGUGGAAAAGGACUUCACCUCCACUAUCAAGCCAUCUGUUGACGCUGCUCCGGCAACUGAGAAAGACAAAGCUAAUUCUCUUAUGUUCCUCAAGAGGCACAUCGAUCCUAACCUACGUUUGGGUUAUCAUCACUUGAAGACACCAAAAGAGAUAUGGGAUGCCCUAGAUAGCCGUUUUUGGAAUAUUCAUGAUUCCUUAAUACCACAAUUGAACGUCUUGUGGAACGAAAUCCGCUUUCUCGAUUAUGUAAAAGUGAAUGAUUUCCAAAAAGACAUGCUGCAAAUUCAGGCACGUAUGGACUUUUGUGGAAAGAAACUUACUGAUGAGGAAAUGAUUCAUAAAAUCCUAUCGACCUUUCCUAUCUCUUCCAUGAUACUAUCAAACCAGUAUCGUUUAGAGGUAGAUAACAAAAGAAUCACCACAUUCAGUAGGUUGAUAAACUUACUGCAAGUGGCUGAAAGGCACAAUGAGAUUCUUGUUAAUAACAAUGCCAGAGCUGUCGGGAAAAAGAAAGUUCCCUAA